AUGCCAGAUCAAAGAACAAUGGCCAAAGGAUAUACUAACAUUGCAAUGGCUAAAAACAAAACUAUUCUUUACAAUGCUCUCAUAAACACAAGAGAAAGUCAGCUUGCUAUUGGAGAAGGAAGUUCUGAACUUCUGAUGCAGAGCUUCACUCUAGUGGCAAGGAACUUGAGGGUAAUGCUUCAGUCAACUGAAGAGAGUGUUAAUUUGCAAAAGAAAAGAAGUGCAUUCUUCAUUCAGCUAGCUGCCAUAACUGUGCCUAGACCAUUGCCUUGCCUUCCGUUGCAACCUGCAGCAGAUUAUUUCCUGCUUGGUUAUCAUAAAAAAGGAAAUUUUGACAAAGAGAAGAUUGAAGAUCCAUCUCUUUACCACUAUGCUAUCCUUUCUGAUAAUGUGCUGGAUACAUCAGUGGUUGUUAAUUGUACUGUCCAUAAAGCAAAGGAACCAGAGAAGCAUGUGUUUAAUAUAGUAACGAUAAGUUGAAUUUUGCCGCAAUGAGAAUGUGGUUUCUUCUCAAGCCCCCUGCUGAAGCUACUGUUGAGGUGGUGAAAUACUGUAACUUGGUUAAUGAUUGGUGUUGCUUAGAGACAGAGUAACAUGGUUAAUGUUCAAGUGGCUCGCGUUGCUCGUCCUAGACCCAUUUCAACCCUCGGAGAGAAGCGACUCUCGCAAGAGAGGACAGGCUAAC